CUGAAUACACGUCAGAUAGCGUUACUGCUCACAUAUAUCAAAUGUUAGAAUAACUCAUUAAUGUUUUCAUUCAGGAAACACCUUCCUGAUGAACUUUCAAGGCAAUGGGAAAACAAACAACUGCUGUAGAUUACAUUCAACUCAGUUGAAAUCUCUUUCAGCCAAAGUUUUAUAUUUAGCCCAGAUUCAAGGUCCUUUUGUAUGAUUUUUUUUUUCCUUUCCCUUAAGCAUUUGUGCAUAUAAAAAAUUAUCCCACAGUUUUCCAUUGGUAUCAGAACAGUCACAUCUCCCAGAGGUAAGAUAUAAAACAAGCUGUGAAGCAGAGCCCACAGCGUGCACUUACCCAGCAUCAUGCUUGGAAUCCUCUUUGCUGUGCUGACUCUGGCAGUUGCAGCCCUUAGCUGCGGGGUUCCUGCCUACCCACCUGCUGUGUCUCGAGUUGUUGGAGGAGAAGAUGCAAGACCAUACAGCUGGCCCUGGCAGGCCUCUCUUCAAUACCAAUCAAGUUCUAGUUGGUAUCACACCUGUGGAGGAACCCUCAUUGCAACCAACUGGGUAUUGACAGCUGCACACUGCAUCAGUUCUACCAGGAAAUAUCGAGUGCUUCUUGGAAAAUACAACCUAGCAGCUGAGGAGCAAGGAUCUGUCGCAGCCUCCCCAGAAAAAAUCAUUGUCCAUGAGAAAUGGAAUCCAUACAGCGUUGCAAGUGGGUACGACAUUGCUUUGAUCAAACUCACCGAACACGUUGCGUUGAGCGACAAAAUCAAGCUGGCCUGCCUCCCUGCGGCACAAAGCAUCCUGUCAGCCAACACUGCCUGCUACGUGACGGGAUGGGGAAGACUGCAGACAAACGGAGCUCUCCCAGAUGACCUGCAGCAAGGCCUGUUGCUGGUGGUAGAUUAUGCAACUUGUUCCCAGCCUAGCUGGUGGGGAAGCACAGUGAAAACCAACAUGGUGUGCGCCGGUGGAGAUGGAAUCACCUCCAGUUGUAACGGAGAUUCUGGUGGCCCGCUGAACUGCCAAAGUGCAGAUGGCAAAUGGGAAGUGCAUGGUAUUGUCAGCUUUGGCUCUUCUCUUGGCUGCAACUAUUAUCGGAAGCCUUCUGUCUUCACCCGGGUCUCUGCUUUCGACAGCUGGAUCAAGGAGGUUAUAGAAAACAACUAACCCAGAGAAACCUGCGUGACAGAUGAGAACAGUGCCAAGAACAACGGCUUGAAUAAAGUGAUAAUCAUGACACCUUUGAUCACUGAUAGCUGGGAAAUUAGGCUUUUCACUGCAAUAAACACUGUUUUUUGCAACA